AUGGCUCCUCAAGUUCAGGGACGCAAGAUUGCAUUUAUUGGUGCCAGUGGCCAGCUAGGUGCCCCAACACUGAAGGCCCUUCUCACGCAGAACGUCCACACCAUUACCGCCAUCCAGCGCCGUGAGGCUACAAGCUCCUUUCCUCCCGAGGUCAUUGUCAAAAAAGGGGACCUCGAAGAUGAAGCAUUCCUAGCCGAGGUGCUCAAGGAACAGGACGCUGUGAUCCUGAUGCCACCUCUAACACACAUUGGCAUCCAGAAGCAUGCUGUCCGCGCUGCGGCCAAGGCCCACGUGCCGUACGUCCUGCCAUCUGAGUUUGGUCCCGAUCCUUUCGCCAAGCAGUUAGUGGGAGAGAAUGUGCUAUUGCAAGACAAACAGGCAAUCCGUGGUCAGAUUGAGGAGCUCGGCGUCAGCAGCUGGGUUUCUAUAACGGUCGGCCCGUGGCUAGAUGCGGGCCUCACCCUUGGCCUCUGGGGCAUCGACCCCAAAGCCCGCAAGGCGACCAUCUGGCGCGGCGCCGACGCCAAGGCCAACACAGCCACUGUUGCGCACACGGCGCAGGCCACCGCAGCAGUCCUGACCCUACCGGAGGUGGAGCUAGCCAAGUACAAGAAUAAGGCCGUUUACACGCCUUCCUGGCACCUUACGCAGCGCGAGAUUCUUGAUGCCGUGCAGCGUGCAACCGGGACGACAGACACGGACUGGAAGGUCACGCAGCGAGACAUUAAGGAUGUCAUCGCUGAUUACGAGGCGGGGAUCAAGGCGGGAGAUAUUGGCUCGUACUUCAACAAGUUCUUCGUUACGCACUUCUUCGAGGGUCACGGAGGCGACUUUGAGCAUAAGGUUGUGAGGGGGGAUUUGGAGAGGCUAGAGCAACUGGGCUUGCAGAAGGAGGAUCUUGAGCAAGCGAUCAAGAUCGAGCUAAAGCAGUGA